UGUUUAUGCAGCAGUUUUAUUAUUUAUGUUUUGUAUUUAAUAAAAAUGGGGAAUACACAGGGAAAACAAUCAUUUUAUGAAAAAAAGUCAUCUGCAGGCAGAUUGACAAAAAAAUGGAGGAAUCGAGGAUGUUAUAAUGGAACAAUUUUUCAGAAUAGAUAUACGGGUACACCAAUUUAUCAAUUCUCGGAUAUUUUUGAUCCAGGUACAAAUCUUAUAAGUAAAUCGGACGAAUGUUAUCCAAAAAAUAUUAAACAGAAAAAUGAAGUGUCAAUGACGUAUUUGGAUGCAAAUAAUAAUCGAUUUACUGUUAAUGGAAAAAAGGAAUUUUUUUCAUUACAAAAUCAGUAUCCUUCUAAAAGAUACAGAAUUGAUCUUUUAAAUUCUAAGGCACCAAAUCAUUAUUUUCCAUCAAAGACAAAUCAACGUCAAAGUUUUUCAAAUGCAAUUGCAUGUUCUAAUGGUGUUCGUCAUAGUUCAAUGAUUUCGAAUACUUGCUAUAAUUCACCGCCUUUUGCAUUAUCAGACGAAGCAUUACCUAGGUUAUCAUCAUAUUCUACACACUUAUCUAAUAAAAGAUUAACAUCAUCGAAUGCAGAUUUUGGAUUAAUUUCUCCUGGUGUUUUAAGAGUGGUAAAUGGUAAUCCAUCACCAUGUUCUUCUGAUGAUGAACUUUCACUACGAUCUUUUUCUCAAGGAAGAUCAUUACCAUAUACAAUUGAGGAAAAGACAUUAAAGUGUUCAGUUACACCUGAACCAAAAAUGACAGUAUCUGAAGAUAUGCUUAAACAUGCAUCACCUCCAUCUAGUACGACCGAGGAGUUAUUAAGGGAAUAUUAUGAUCAUAAAGAUAAAAAUACAAAUGAUUAUCUUCAAACAAAUGAUGAUCCAAAAAUGACACAAUUUAAUCAUAUUCUUGAUAAAAAUAAACAAAAUUCUAAUUCUAUUUUAAAAACAAAAAAUUCAAGACAAAAUUAUUCAAUCACAUAUGCUCAAAAUAAAAUUAAUGACAAAUAUUUUUCAAAUCAUACACACGAGCAUGAAAAUAAUUAUUCAAUUAAACAUUUACAAAAAUUAGAUGUUCAUAAUAAUGUAUUAAAAGAUGAUUCUUUGGAUAUAUAUUCAAAAAUUAAUAACAACUCCGAAACUUCUGACUUUUUACAAAUAAGGUCUGGCAUUCAAGAUAAAACAAAUCAUACACAGCAACAAAUUCACAAAAGCACUAAAUCUUAUUUAGCUUAUAAUAAUAUCGAUAUGUUGCCGAUUCCUAAUAUACCUAAUCUUUUUGUUUCUGAUCAAAGAAUAGCUAUUUCUGGAUAAGAUUCUUUUUAUUUUUUACUUUUAAACAUAUUGUGUU